GAGUCGCAAGAGAGCCUGGGUGGUCGUGCCGACAAUCUCGCCAGACGUGAAGAAGAAUUUCAUGAAGAAGAAGAAGUUGAUGGGAAAGCUGGUGGCUUUAGCGGCUUGGAUUCCGGAUAUCCUGCUAUAUCAUGCAAUGUCCAACCUGACAUCGCUGUUCGGCCAUCCCGGCACGCUUAUGCUCUUGCAUGAAUUCAGUCCUUUCAUGGAGCAUUUUGUUGCUGUCCGAAGCGAUUUUUCGGGUCUGAAAGCUUUUUCCGAGAAGGAGUGGCAAGCCAUGGCACCCACGUGCGGCUAUGCAGCUUUCCCCCAGGCCAACAACGAAGCCGGCAUCAACUGGCUGGAGGAACUCAGAAGCCGGAAGGACCAGGAGACAGUCACCUUCUACCCGACCGUGGCAGAGGCCAUUUGCUGGCGCUUCCGAGAUUCAACGC